AUCGUGGGAAGGGCUAGGUCUUCGGUGCACAGCCUGAACCCAACGCGUUGCGCAGAGAGACGUCGCGAUGGGGCGGAGACCUGCAAGGUGUUAUCGGCAGAUAAAAAACAAGCCAUACCCCAAAUCACGCUUCUGUCGUGGUGUUCCUGAUCCUAAGAUCAGAAUUUAUGAUGUUGGUAUGAAGAAGAAAGGUGUUGAUGAAUUUCCUUUCUGCGUCCAUCUUGUUAGCUGGGAAAAGGAAAAUGUUUCUAGUGAAGCAUUGGAAGCUGCUAGGAUUGCAUGCAACAAAUAUAUGGCAAAAUUUGCUGGAAAGGAUGCUUUCCACUUGAGAGUCAGAGUACAUCCCUUCCAUGUUCUUAGGAUCAACAAAAUGCUUUCAUGUGCUGGAGCUGAUAGGCUUCAGACUGGGAUGAGAGGUGCAUUUGGAAAGCCACAGGGUACAUGUGCAAGAGUGGCCAUUGGUCAGGUCCUUCUUUCUGUCCGCUGCAAGGACAGCAACAGCCAUCAUGCACAGGAGGCCCUCCGUCGUGCCAAGUUUAAGUUCCCUGGUCGUCAGAAGAUCAUAGUUAGCAGGAAAUGGGGUUUCACCAAGUUUAGCCGUACUGAUUAUCUCAAGUUCAAGUCAGAGAACAGGAUUGUGCCUGAUGGUGUGAAUGCAAAGCUUCUUGGGUGCCAUGGACCAUUGGCAAACCGUCAACCUGGAAGAGCUUUCUUGUCUAGUGCUACUGCUUAGUGAUUUGUUACUUGGAAAUUAUAGGCUUUGAACACCAUAGUUGGGCUCGACUGAAUUUGAGUUUCCUAUUUGCUAUGCCCUGCCGUGUCAUUAAACUAAGUUGACUUUGUUUUUUUGUUUCCGUUUUUGUGAACUAUCUUGAAUGGAAUGAAUUUUGUCUUGAUUGGAUUCCCUUCCCCUUGAUGGUUUUGCUUGGGGUUUGACAAUUGCUUAUGGAUUUGAGGUCGACGGUCCUGAUUAAAAUUACAUGAGAAAUGUUUGGAACACAUUUUUCAGUACAGUGAAAUUCUCGAUCGAAUCCACUAAUAGGGAAUGCGAUUCCCGUCAUAUAAUACAAUUGAUAAAUUUCGU